CUCUCCACUGUAGGGUUUUGACUUUAUUGCGAUUUGAUCUGCUUUGGUUUUAUUUUAAUUUUAAUUUGAGCAGGUGGGUAUGACAAAGAAUAGAAAGCAGCUAGGGCUUAUGAUAUGGUUGCACUGAAGUACUGGGGAACAUCUACCACUACAAACUUCCCUAUCAGUAAUUACGAAAAGGAACUUGAGGAGAUGAAACACAUGACCAGGCAAGAAUUUGUAGCCUCAAUUAGAAGUUCAAAAUGGUUUUCAAUUAAGCUUUUUAACUAUUGGAUGCUACUAUGCUGGAAUUCUUUUCACUCACAGUUCAUGGAAACUGAGUUGAUGUCAAAGAGAUCACACCGCAGAGAAGUUUAAAUUUUAGGCUGAGGUGUCUUGGCUUAUGGACAUCAUUAUCAGCUUACUUUAUAGCAAAAAAGACACCUUCUUUAGGGAGUUAAUCUCCAAUGCUUCUAAUGUAAGUAUAUUUUUCCUUGGAAAUUUCCUUAACAAUGUUACGUUUAUAUCUAUAUUAUGUUAGUCAUGAAUCAGGUUGGUUUCAUCUUUUGCUAUUGGCCGAGUGAUAUCAAUCCAAGUUGAACUUGGAGCAAAUUAUAAUUGUCAUGGGGGAAAACUAAAUUUUUCCCAACAAAAAAAAUAAAAAUUAGGUCUAUUGUGUAAAUUACAUACCUUAUAUUAUGUUGUAUUAUUAUGUGAUACCUGGAAUUUUAUUUUCGUUCAUUAGUUGUUGAUCACAUUAAUUGUUCAAUCUGUGAAGUCCUAGGCAAUUUUCAUUGAAGUAGUAGUUUAUGUCAAUGAAGUUUGUGCAAUUCACCCACUGUUGAUCAAUUUGUCAAUGAAGUUUUGUCCCAUGUUUCUACAUUAAUUGUUAAAUCUUUGAGUUCUGCAUUAUAAUUGAUCAUUGUUUUGUAACUUCCAUUAAUUGUAAAGAUUGCCACUUCAUUGUGCUUUCUAGCCCUUUCUUUUCCUGAUAACCAAACAACCCUUAAAUAUAGUAAUGGGCAGCUUCUUUGUACGAAAAAUGACUUGUGAGAACUGAUGGUACGUAAAUAAGACACGUAGAAUGGGAGUUAAAAUCGAAAAUACGUUUAACUUAGUUGAAAAAGGGGGUUUGGGUGGCGAAAAUGAAAAAUAGGGCCCCAACCAUUGUUGGGAUGUAACAUGCAACUUCUUCAUGCCAAAAAUGACUUCUGACAACUGAUGGUACGUAAAUAGGACACGCAUUACAACUGCUAGAGGCAAUUAAUGUAGAAACAUGGGACAGAACUGCUAUAGGCAACUCUUAAAUCAUCAAUCAAUCAUCUUAUUUACACAUCAUGAUAUGACACUUUAUUAAAAUAUCUAAAUUAAUUUUUUUCUCUUAUUUAUUCUCAAAUCAUCAAUCAAUCAUCUUAUUUACACAACACUGGACAUAAAAAGUAGAUUUGUAUAUCAUUUUUCUCAGACAUUCUUGAAACAUCAAAUGAUAGAUGGACACAUUUGUUUUAGUAAAAAUUUUAGUAAAUGUAGGUAUUGCUCUCAUAUUUUUGCUGUGUAAAUGCCAAUUCUUGAUUCACCUCAUAACCAACACUACAAUAAAUUAAGGUUUCAGAGGAGGAAAAAAUGCAAAUCAGCCACUAAACCACCGUACGAACGUCACAACCAGUUUCCUCACGUCAAAUACGACCUGCGACAAUAGGCGAAAUGUCGUUAGCACAUGUAGGUUGGGAGUAAGAGCCGAAAACGGCUUAAACUUAACCAAAAAAGGGCGUUAAGGGGGUGAAAAUGUAAAAUAGCCUUGAACCACCGUACAAACGUCACAACCAGCUUCCUCAUGUCAAAUAGGACCUGUGACAACCGACGGAAUGUCAUUAGCACGUGUAGGUUGGGAGUUAGAGCCGAAAACGGCUUAAACAUAACCGAAAAGGGGCGUUAAGGGGGCGAAAAUGCAAAACAGCCCCCAAACCAUCGUACGAACGUCACAACCAAUUUUCUCAUGUCAAAUGGGACCUGUCACAACAGACGGAACGUCAUUAGCACGUGUAGGUUGGGAGUUAGAGUCAAAAAUGACUUAAGCUUAACUGAAAAAGGGCGUUAAGGGGGCCAAAAUGCAAAACAGCCCUCGAAUCACCAUACGGACGUCACAACUAAUUUUCUCAUGUCAAAUAGGACCUGUGACAACAGACGAAAUGUCAUUAUCACGUGUAGGUUGGGAGUUAGAAUUGGAAACGACUUAAACUUAACUGAAAAAGGGCGUUAAGGGGGCGAAAAUGAAAAAUAGCCCCGAACCACCGUACGAACGUCACAACCAGUUUCCUCACGUCAAAUAGGACCUGUGACAACCAACAGAAUGUCAUUAGCACGUGUAGGUUGGGAGUUAGAGCCGAAAAUGACUUAAAGUUAACCGACAAUGGGCGUUAAGGGGGCGAAAAUGCAAAACAGUCCCCGGACCACUGUAUGAACAUUACAACUAGCUUCCUCACGUCAAAUAGGACCUGUGACAAUAGACGAAAUGUCAUUAUCACGUGUAGGUUGGGAGUUAGAAUUGGAAACAACUUAAACUUAACCGAAAAAGGGCAUUAACGGGACGAAAAUACAAAAUAGCUUUGAACCACCAUACGAACGUCAAAACCGGCUUCCUCACGUCAAAUAGGACUUGUGACAACCGACGGAAUGUCAUUAGCACGUGUAGGUUGGGAGUUAGAGCUGAAAACGGCUUAAACUUAACUGAAAAGGGGCGUUAAGGGGGCGAAAAUUCAAAACAGACCUCAAACAACCUUGUGGCUCAUACGGAUUGCUUCUCCAUGACAAGUAGGAGUUGUGAGAACUGACGGAAUGUAAUUCGGACCCGUAGGUUGGGAGUUAGAGCCGAAUACGCCCUAAACUUAGUCGAAAAAUGGCGUUUCAGGGGCGAAAAUUCCAAACAGCCCCC